CAAUGGGCGUGGUUACAAUUGAGUAAUGUUUAAAAAUAAAAAUGGCGGAAUCUGAUGAAAGGGAACAAAACAAUCUAUCAAGAGUGGAUCACGUGAUAUUAGUCCUCUCUGGUAAAGGAGGGGUUGGUAAGAGUACAGUAACACGUCAAAUAGCACUGGGACUAGUUGAAGAAGGAAAGAAAGUUGGUAUAUUGGAUAUUGAUUUAUGUGGUCCUAGUAUACCUCACAUGUUUUCAUUAACUGGUAGAGAUGUACAUCAAGGGACUGAUGGUUGGAUUCCAGUAUAUGUUGAUGAUACUCAAAGUCUUUGUGUGAUGUCAAUUGGUUUUUUAUUAAAUAAUAAAGAUGAAGCUGUUGUAUGGAGAGGACCCAAGAAGAAUGCUAUGAUUAAGCAGUUCUUGUCUGAUGUAGUUUGGGGUCAGUUGGAUUAUCUUAUUAUUGAUACUCCACCAGGUACAAGUGAUGAACAU